UGAACCGUGAACCAGCUUUCACCGACUGCUUUUCAACUUAUAGCUUUUUGUGAGUAUUACUGAAAGCCACUGAUUUCUAAUAAUGACUCGGGCGGAGUAUUUUUAUGCUGACAUACUCUGAGGAUAUAUCAUAAUGUGGAAGGAAAACAUAAACAAGCACAAAUUUAGGAAGUUGCACAAAGAUUUGUCCUGGCCUCAAAGGAAUCCGCUACUUUUUUCGACUACGAUUACAACAGUGGCUUUAUUAAUAUUUUUCAGCAAGCCUAUCUACGACAUUUAUUCCAUUAUCAGGAGACCAGAGCCGAUCAAAGACUUGCCAAAAUAAUAAUACGCAAUGACAAAAUGGAGGCGGUCAGGAGGGCAAAAUUUCGCAUGAGCAGCUACCCGAGCAUCGUCAAUGACUGCAAAAUUGAAGCAUCUACUUACGCGAGCUGUGUUUUAAAGAUGAACGAUUUGAAACGCAGUGACUGUCAACUAGAAUUCAACGAUUUUAUCAGCUGUAUGAAAAAAAGUGCUGCAAAGAGAAAAAUCAGAUUGUAGUUUGAAACAUAGAUUGUGUUUGUUUCUUUUAAACACAAGUUUUUAAAGAAAAAAGUAGUAUGGAUAGCUUAUAUGUUCAUUUAUUUUUUGGCUUUACAAUUAGGGUAAUUUUUAUUACAUAUGGGAUUAUUCAAGAUUCCAUUUCUGAAGUACAGUUUACAGAUAUCGAUUACAAAGUUUUUACAGAUGCAGCUAGAAAUAUUAUUAAAGGUGGUUCUCCUUAUGAUACAGCCACUUAUAGAUAU